AUGAUCAUCUUGUUGGUUCUGCUCCCGCUAGUCGUCCUAGCACGAGAGAGCUCCAAACUCAGUCAGCUCCAUGAUGGCGACGCGAUUGUUCGCACAACAACUGUUCAUAGCGUGGAUAAUGCCGUCGACGUGCUCCCGUCCUUCGCGUACCGACCACAACCCGACUUUAAGUUCAGGUACGCAAACUACAUGAGGGAAAUUGCGCCCCAAACGACUUCGGGAUUGUCAUCUUCAGAGAAUGGCGCCAACAAUCGGAACGACAAAAAAGGACCUCCUCAUAUUCCGACGCCGUACUUCCUCCCAAACUUCACUGCCGGGACACCACUCUUUGAGGGUUACCGAAUGCUGUUUGCCAAUCGGCAGCGCGAACCAAAGACUAAGCUUGAUGAAAAGAAGAACAGCAGGCUCAAUUACGCCGACUAUAGAAGCAUCGAGAAAUUGUUGACCCGAAUCACUUCGCAAAAAAUACCCAAGACGGUCGAAUACAUUUAG